UCUUGAAUCUUUUUCAGCAGAGUACUGAAUCAAAAAUUUCGAAAUGGAAAAGAAUGACGAUACCAACUCAUCCGCAAUCGCUGCUGGAGCAGUGCCUACAACUAGAGCCGAUAAUGAAUUCCCAGCAAAACCACAAGCUUUUGGAGAACUACUUUACCACAGAGGAUCUAGCGAAUGUGAUUCCAUCCACCAGGAGGAUACGGAUGAUUCCAACGACGAAAAUAACUGGCGCAACGACUACCCAGAUGAGGACGAUGAUUUUUUCGGCGAAGGACGACCUGUCGGUGUAGAAAGGGUAACAGAAGCGCUAAAUGGCUGGUAUUUUGAUGAACCGUCAGCAAACUGCAGUGGAUUUGCCUAUCCACUGAAUGAUGAUGAAGAUAACUACAAUGAAGAACAGGAUGGACUGCAUCGAAACGAUCGUAUUGGAAGAAUUUUGACCAAAUUUCGGACGUGUUUUUUGAACAAUAUUGUAGAUAGUGGUUCCGCUGCUGAGACUGACUCCGAUGAUGAACCACCAUCUUCUGGCGAUGAUAGCUGGCGUUCGGCAUGGCGUAAUACGAAACCUGCCCAACAUCUUCGCUGGGUCGGUGAAUCUCGGCAGGUUCCCGGAAAAUAUGGGUCACCGAACGUAACGGAACUAGCUGCAAGCGACGGCGAUGGGAAUCUUUGUCGGAAUGGUAACUCCUACAAGAUCGUAAUGACCAUGACCAAAGGCGUAUUGGUGCCUACAGAGCAAACACCACCAAUGUUCUUGGCCUCCGGUGAUCCAGUCUUAUGCCCGACGUUUCAGUAUCUAGUAAACAGACCAGGAAUGGUCGGUCAACGUGCCGGGCAUCCAAUCCGCAAGCUACGACAGCGCUGUCGAGGUUGA